AUGUCAAAAGAUAAAAAACUUAAAACCGGUGGUAAACUUAUUCAUCCAAGUAGUCGAAAAGCUAAACAAAUUUCAAGAUUAGAAUGUCAUGCAGGUCGAGUUGUUAAAAAACGUCAAAAUACAAAAGCUAAAUAUAAUAAUUUACGUGAUAGAAUUCAAUGGUUUAAAGAUCAAUUAAAUGGAACUCAAACUCAUUUAUCACAACCAGAAAUACAUGAACUUAUUCACCGAUAUCUUCAACGAUUUCAAGAUGAACUCGAACAAAUUGACUUAAAAAAUCAGAUAGGUCAACGGCAAAAAACACCACAAUAUGCGUCACGUAAAGCAUUAAUUGAAUCAACAGUAAAUACUGAACAACAUGAAUAUGAAACCAAUGGCAUUGAAAUACCAAAUCUCACCCGAAUCGAUGCUGUUAAAGAACUUCGAAAUUGGGAUGGUAGUAUUCGAUUGAUGCCACGUCUUAAAUUAUGUUUAAUAAAACAUAAUAAUUCAACAUCGAAUAAAAAUGAUAAUAAUGAUCAAAUUGUUUCAAUUGAUAAUGAAAAUGAAUCAAUGGAUAGUGAUGUUGAAUAA